AAGGAAGCAAUGUUUCCUUAGCCUCAGCUAGUGCGACGGACUCUAUCGGCACCGGACCGCUCGCCAUCUUAAUCUGCCAUUUGAGGAAUAUAACGCACGUUUAUCCGUUAUAAGACGUCUUCUAUACGGCGGGACAGAGCUCCGUGAAACGUGGAAAUGGAGGUGAUGCAUUCCAGUCAACAGGACAUGAACCUGAUAGACAUCCUGUGGAAGCAGGACAUUGAUCUCGGAGCCAGGCGGGAGGUGUUUGACUACAACCACCGCCAGAAGGAACAUGAGUUGCAGAGGCAGCUUGAGCUCCAGGAAGAGAAGAGGCUGCAUCUGCUCCGGGAGCAGGAGAAGGCCCUGCUGGCGCAGCUACAGCUCGAUGAGGAAACGGGAGAGUACAUACCCCGCCCGCCGGCCAGCGCCCCACUACAGUCCGCUGUCACACCUCUUGAGGUUACACAGAAUGUCACCUUUACCGAAGAGAAUGGUGAUGCCAUGUCCUUUGACGAAUGUUUGCAGCUUCUAGCAGAAACAUUUCCUGUUGAGGAAACUGAGAACACUGCAGUUUGCCUGGACACAACUGCUGUUUCAGCACCCAUGAUGUCCCCAGAGCAGCCCGCUUUGCUUUCGGCCACCCUCUCUCCAGAUCCACUGUCACCACCAUCACCACAGAGGAUGUCCCCAGAUUUGGAGCAGGCCUGGAUGGAGCUUUUGUCCCUCCCUGAGCUGCAGCAAUGCCUGAACAUGCAAAUGGAGGACACACUGGAGACCACAACAUAUCCCCUUCCAAACAACCCAGAGGUUCAGAAUCCAAACUACAAUUUUUACCCCAUGACCAAUCUCACAGAGGGAGAGACAAACAAUGUAAAUGUUUGUCCUGCAGAGUUUAUGAAUACAUUCAACAGCUCUGUUCCCAGCAUGGCCCCACCAGACAAUCUGAGCCAGAUGAAGGCAAAAGCUCUGCAGUUAAACACUGACUUCACUGCAGAAAGUUUCCCUGACAUAUUUUACCCCAACACCAUUCUGGAAGAAAGCAGUGGUCAGCAUGGCCUUGAAGGACAUGAAAGUGACACCAUGUCUGAUAUUCCAAUCAAGCCACCCUUUACACCGGCGGACAAUUACUGCCUCUCACCUGGAGAUGCGUUUGACAGAGGCAAACACAGUCUGACAGCAGAGUUGCCAGACUCAGAUUCAGGAAUCUCUUCGAACACAAGUCCACAUUGUAGUUCACCUGGCAAGUCUGUAUAUGGAGAUGGGUCCUUCCUGUACAGCGAUUCAGACAUGGAGGAGAUGGACCACAACCCCGGGAGUGCAGAAUCUGACUACUCAGAGAUGUUCUCAAUAAAUUUCCAACCUGAUGAUCUUCAGUCAGCAAUUUCUGUGUCUGCUGUAACAGGGCCACAGCAGCAGCAGGAAAAGAAGCCCAAACUGCACAAGACCGACCCGGUAGAAGAGAGUGGCCACAACAACGCUCCCUUUACCAAAGACAAGAAGAGACGCUCUGAUGUGCGUCUCUCCAGAGACGAGCAGAGGGCUAAGGCCCUCAAAAUCCCUUUCACUGUAGACAUGAUUAUCAAUCUGCCUGUUGACGAUUUCAAUGAGCUGAUGUCAAAGCACCGACUGAAUGAGGCCCAGCUGGCCCUGGUCCGAGACAUACGCCGCCGUGGCAAGAACAAGGUGGCUGCCCAGAACUGCCGAAAACGCAAGAUGGAGAACAUAGUGGGUCUGGAGGGCGAGCUGGACUCACUGAAGGAGGAGAAGGAGCGUCUGCUGAGCGAGAGGAGCCAGAACACCAACAACCUGAAGGAAAUGAAGCGUCAACUCAACAGCUUGUACCUGGAAGUCUUCAGCACGUUGAGAGAUGAGAAGGGGAAUACAUACUCGCCGUCCGAGUACUCCCUCCAGCAGUCGACGAACGGCAGCAUCUUCCUCGUCCCUCGUGUUAAAAAGACUCUCAUCAAAAGCAAGGACAACCAAAUGUCUCCUGCGUAAUAUGCAUUAUCAUAGUAAUACUAUGCAAUAACUUUGUAGCCGCUCAGCUUUUAAGCAUUAGUAGCUCAGCAGAACUAUUGUAUAGUUUUUGCUCACUUCUCCUGAAUGUUGUAAUAUUUUUGAUAUUUUACUUCUUUUGUACUCGCUCACAGAUUCUUUAACCGACAUUGUUUGUAAAUAUAAACAUUACUUGCUUUUGAGAUUGAUGUUACUGUACGUGUAAAUAUAUAUAUUGUAAAUAUCAUAUUUCUGUAUGCUAAUGGUUGUUUCAAUCAUUACUCAUAUUUUAUAACUGUCCCUUUAUGAUUUGCUGCCCAGGUUCUUUUAUAAAAUCUUGAAAUCUGUGCUUUCCAAUAAACUAUUCCUAUAGCUA